GAAGUAUCGUAUAUUGAAGGCUCUCCUCAAUAAUAACCGUUUACCAUUCAUAAGUUAAUAGAUUUAAUUCAACCGCGCAAAUGUUGAACGCCACAAUCAGGAAAUGCUUGCCGCAGACGUCGUCGGCGAUAGGUUAUUCGAAAAGAUUAGCACCGGGAAAUUUCACGGUAGCCAGUCAAAGCAGGUCAGUACAUCGAACAGCCACCAAUCAUGAAGACGACGCCAAUCUGAGUUAUUACCAUAAAGCUAGCACGAAACCGUUGCUAUAUAGAACGAUCGGACAGCAGAUUCGACUGACGGCUGAAAAGUAUCCCAACAACGAGGCGUUAAUAUCGCGCCACGAGGAACGCAAGUUUACAUACUCCGAUGUGCUGGAAAAGGCUGAUAAAAUUGCAGCCUCUUUUUUCGAGCUGGGUCUGCAGCGAGGUGACCGAGUUGCUAUUCUUGCCCCAAAUGUUACAGAGCAUUAUCUGACAUUACUGGGUGCUUACAGGGCAGGAAUGAUUGCGGUCGGCAUAAAUCCCGCCUCACAGCUGCCAGAGCUGGAGUAUGCGCUAAAUCUGGUUCAAGCCAAAGCCCUGAUAACCAUCGAACGGUUCAAGACCCAAAACUAUCUGGGAAUGAUCGAGCAACUGAUACCGGAACUGCCCAACUGUAGUCCCGGAAAAAUCAAGUCAGCAAGAGUACCGUCACUUUCGACGGUUAUUAUGAACAGUAGCAAAAAGACUCCGGGCAUCAUCACGUUCGACGAUCUACAAAGCUUACCACAACAGGGCUCUAUCUCCGACAUCGAGAGGCUUCAAACAACGAUCGACCCCGACAGUGGCGCAAAUCUGCUGUUUACAUCCGGAACGACCGGUAAGCCAAAGGCGGCGCUCCUUUCGCACUUUGGCAUUCUCAACAAUGCCGAGAUCUGGGCCCGGCGUGCAGAAAUGGGAGCCAGAGAUCAUCGGAUCUGUCUGCAGGUUCCCAUGUUUCACGUGUUUGGGCUAACGUUCGGAGUCGUUUGCCCGAUAUUCUACGGCACCUCAAUUGUUCUUCCGGCGGCAGGUUUCAACUCCCUGGACUCUCUGGAGGCUAUUCAAAAAGAUCGCUGCUCAAUCCUCUACGGUACCCCCACCAUGUACGUAGAUAUGAUGAACGAGCUACGCAAAACGGACAUGUCGCUGCCGCCGGUAGAUUUGGCCCUUGUCGGUGCUGCUGCUUGCUCCCCUCAACUUUUGAAGGAUAUUGGAGCUGCCUUCAAGCUUAGAAAGGUCUGCACAGGUUACGGGAUGACCGAAAUGUCCGGUUCCAUAUUCAAUUCGGACCGUAGAGAUACAACCGAAUCAAUGCUAGACACCGUUGGCCUUUUGGUGGAUCAUCUCGAAGCAAAGAUUGUUGAUAAAACAGGACAAACAGUACCCUUUGGAACUCCAGGAGAACUCCUUAUUCGAGGUUAUGUAAACAUGCUGGGCUAUUGGAAUCAGCCAGAUAAAACGAAAGAAACCAUCGGAGAAGAUCGGUGGUUGAAAACCGGCGACCAGUUCGUACUGAAUCCCAACGGCUACGCCAAAGUUGUUGGCCGCCUAAAAGAACUGAUCAUCAGGGGCGGAGAAAACAUUUACCCCAAAGAAAUUGAAGAUGUUCUCAACACCCACCCAAGCAUUUUGGAAUCCCACUGUAUCGGAGUUCCGGACGAGCGGCUGGGUGAGGAGGUUUGUGCUUAUGUACGGCUGAUGGAUAAUGCCAAGUUUGACAUGGCCGAACUGAAGAGCUUCUGUCAGGGUAAGAUUGCUCAUUUCAAAGUACCACGCCAUUUACGGAUAACGGAACUAUUCCCGAGAACGGCCUCCGGAAAGGUUCAAAAGUUUAAGCUGUUGGAACUUUUCACAGCUGAGAAAAAUAAAAACUCCUAAAAGUGUAUUAUAUUAUUUUUUU